GCCCUUGCUCACAUAAAGUCAUGAUUGAACGACCUCUCUCCCACCCAUUUCCUUCCUCUUUCUAUUUAUUCCCCUCUCACACGCUUCCUUCCACUCCCAAACCAAAACCACCCUACCCUCUCUCUCUAGAAAACUAAAAACCAACUCCUCUUUCUCAUUCUCAUUCUCACUUUCUUCAUAGAAAAAUGAUGGUUGAAAAGGAAGACCUGGCUCUGAGUCUAAGCUUGAACUUCUUUCACAAACCUCACCCUCUCAAUCUCAUCUCUUCCUCAGAUCGAAACUCUCAUACAUGCAGAAACGAAGAUGGAAGAUUCCUACGAGGAUUCGACGUGAAUCGCUUACCAUCUACCGUUAUCGAACACGAAGAAGAAGAAGAAACAGGAGUUUCAUCUCCGAACAGCACUGUUUCAAGUGUUAGCGGAAAACGAAGCGAGAGAGAAGAUCAUGACGUGGACAAUAGAGGAAAUAUCAGCGACGAUGAAGACGCUGAAACCGCUAGGAAAAAACUCAGACUCUCUAAAAACCAAUCAGCUAUUCUCGAAGAAACUUUCAAACAACACAAUACCCUUAAUCCCAAGCAAAAGUUGGCACUUGCAAAGCAACUUGGGCUUCGUCCUAGACAAGUUGAAGUCUGGUUUCAAAAUAGAAGAGCUAGGACAAAGCUGAAGCAAACGGAGGUUGAUUGUGAAGUGUUGAAAAGGUGUUGUGAAAAUCUAACGGAUGAAAAUAGAAGACUACACAAGGAAGUUCAAGAGCUUAGAGCACUGAAACUUUCCCCUCAAUUUUAUAUGCAAAUGACUCCACCAACAACUCUUACUAUGUGCCCUUCUUGCGAGCGCGUGGGUGUUCCAUCCAACGGUGUUGAUGCUAUCUCUCAAGCCCAUCCUCGGGCCGUACACAUGGGCCCGUGGGCUUCCGCUGCUCCUCCUGCGCAUAGGAUGUUUGAUGUUUUCCGUCAAUGAUCAGACGGUGGGGGUGAUUUGGUCAUUUUAAAAUAUAGAAAACAGUGGGGUCUAUGAUAUUAUGGGGAUUAAAAACGUGAUUUGGUGGGUCUUGAAUGUUUUGUAUGAGUUUGACUCUUCAUCUUUUGUUUUGUUGGGUUGAACUAGGAAGGGUUUUAGUUUCUAAAUAUACUUACUUUCUUUUUCCAUUUCAAGACUUGUCAUAGGCUUUGUGUAAAGUGCAGAUGUGUAGCUGAUUAAUAGUUAAUUAGUUAAUCAUAUAUAGGUUUGGUACUAUUAAGCCUAAUAAUUCACUUAUAUUGAUACUA